AUGCCAGACGCUUCGUCUGGCUCUGGACGCCAGAGUAAUAAGCGCCUAAAGAAAGGAAUCUCAGACCCUGAGCCUCCACCUGGGUCUCUUUUACUCUCAAAGGAUGACGUGAAUUGCAUGCUCUCGGAGGUCGAGAAGCAUAGAGCUGACCUAUUGCACCUGUUAUCGAAUGAAAAAGAUGCGAAUUGCAAGAAGAAACUCAGGGAAGCGCUUAACGCCUACGCUGACAUCAUGAUUAAGCUCUGCAGUGCCUACCUGUGUCGCAUUACGGCUGAUGAAGUGGCCAGUGCCUCCAAAAAGGUCAUAGAGGAUGCGAGUGCUAAACUCGAGCAUACCUGCACUGCCUUGAACUCUGCCUGCACUGCGCUGAACUCUGCAGCCUCUGGGCUCGGCGCUCAGCGGGCCUCAACUUACGCUGGUGCUGUUGCUGAUCAUCGCGAUAGACGUAGUGCAGCCGGGCGCGUGUCGCUCACCACAGGAAAAUCUUUUAACGUGCCAAAGCGGGAGAGAAUUAUCAUUGGACCUACCGACAGUGCCAAAAAUCGAUACACGUCGUCAAGUGUAACCAAGGACGCCUUGGUAAAAUGUAUUGAUCCGUCCAGACUCAAAAUUGGUGUUAGUCGUCUUCGUUACGGUCCGUUGAAUUCGGUGAUCAUUGAGGGGGACUGCCUCAGCGCUGAAAAAUUCUCUGGGUGCACGGGCUUGUCUGAUGCCGGACUUGAGAUCAAGCGCGAUGCAAAGCUUAUGCCACGCGUCGUCGUUCACGACAUACCUGUCGAUUAUACGAGCGAUAGUAUCUGCGAAUCAAUCGCUGCCCAAAAUCUACCCGAGGCAACGUCCGCAGAUUUGAAAAUGGUCUACCUGUACCCGGCUGGUACGAAAAAACACCGAUCCUGCAUAAUAGAACUCAAGCCUGAGUUCAGAGCUAUCCUCAUGAAUCGGAAACGCGUAAACAUUGGCUGGAUGUCUUGUCGCAUUGAUGACCAUAUUAACGUCUUACAAUGCUUUAAAUGCAACGGAUUUAAUCACACCAAGGAUAAUUGUGAAGAAACUGCUCCAACGUGUGGUAAAUGUGCAGGCACUCAUCUGUCCAGUGAGUGCACCGAGUCGUCUGUGCUGCACUGCAUUAAUUGCGAAAAGGCUGGCUCCACCAAUGUCGAACAUGCUGCCACGGACAAGUCGAAAUGCCCAAUACUCAGGAAAAAAGUUGAGCACAGGAUCUCGCAGAUCGACUAUGGCGAACUUUAA